CAUGCAUACUAUGAAUAAUCAUUCACAAACAUUCUUUCAUUUUCUUCAAUAUUUCUUUCCUUGUCAACUCUCCUCCUUUCCUAAAUUUCUUCAAUUCAAUUCAAUCCACAAUGAAGCCCCAAGCCAACGAUCAUGUCGCAGGAGGAAAACCCCAGACGACGCGGCGAAGAGGAGUCGUCCCCAAAGUUAUCCCCUUCGUCGCCGUCUUAGUUUUAUUCACCGUCGUUUCCAUCUCUUAUCCCUCCAUUCGCUACUCCCAGACCAUUGUCUCCCGUCUUUCUUCCGAUGAUGACGGCGACGAUCCGGUCCAGCCGUCGCCCGCCGCAGUAAAUUGGGCCGGAGAGCCGCCGCAAGAGGCGGCGGGAGAUAGUGUUGUUGAUGGUAAUAGUGAUCGUGAGGAUCGGGAGAAUAUAUCGUCCAAUAUCGUCGACAUUAACAUGGUAACGGCGGCGGUGGAGGAGGGGAAGGUUCAGGUGGCCCCGAAGAGUAAUCUUGAAAUUCCGGCGAGUUUAAGUUUCGAGGAAGUUAAUCCGGUGGCCGUGGAGGAGAAGGUGGUGAAGGUUGCGCCGAGAAAGAAGUCUAGGCGGUCGAGGAGACGGUCACGGCGGCGUCAACGCCGUGACGCGGCUUUCACUGCUCCGAGAAUUGUGUCAAAAACGGAAGCGCCGCCGAAGGUACCGGCGGCGAGGAGCGACGGCGGCGGCGGUGAUGAUGAUGAUGUUAAGGUUUUGGCGUCGGAAGUGGCGUAUAAUAACGAAGGGUGCAAUAUUUUCUCCGGCGAAUGGGUUCGGGAUCCUGAGGGGCCAUAUUACACGAACUUGACGUGCGACUGGGCAAUCCAGGAGCAUCAGAAUUGUAUGAAAUUUGGUCGGCCGGACACCGAGUUCUUGAAAUGGCGGUGGAAGCCGGAGGGUUGUGAGCUGCCCAGUUUUGACCCGGAACAGUUUCUGGAAAUGGUUAGAGGAAAAUCUCUGGCCUUCGUCGGAGAUUCCGUCGCCAGAAAUCAUAUGCAGUCGUUACUUUGCGUCCUCUCCAGGGUAGCACAUCCCGUGGACGCAUCUAACACACCCGACCAAAACUUCAAACGUUGGGAAUACAGAGAUUACGACUUCAAUAUUACCAAAUUCUGGUCUCCCUAUUUGGUGCGUACGGAAAAGCUGGACCCCCACGACAACAAACGUCCCUUCAAACUCUUCCUCGACGAGUUCGACGAAUCCUGGACGACCCAGAUCGAGACUUUCGACUACGUCAUCAUCUCCGCCGGCCACUGGUUUUUCCGCCCAACUUACUUCUACUUAAACGGCAAAAUCGUCGGCUGCCAGUACUGCCCGGAGACCGACAUUAAACACCUCCCGUCCUAUUUCAGCUACCGGCGGGCGUUCCAAACGGCGUUCCGGGCAAUCAACGGGCUGGAGAGCUUCAACGGCGUCGUUUUCUUGAGAUCUUUCGCGCCGUCCCACUUCGAGAACGGGCCGUGGGAUAAAGGCGGCGAUUGCAAGCGGACGGAGCCGUUGAAGAAGAGCGAGAAGGCUUUGGACGAUUAUAAUUUGGAGUUUUAUAGGAUUCAGUUGCAGGAAUUGAAGGCGGCGCAGAUUGAAGGGAGGAGAAAGGGGAUGAAGCUUAGGUGGUUCGACGCGACGGUGCCGAUGUUGCUGCGGGCCGACGGGCAUCCUAGUAGGUUCGGACGGUUGCCCAAUCCGAACGUGACGCUGACGAAUGAUUGCGUGCAUUGGUGCUUGCCCGGACCCAUUGAUUCUUGGAAUGAUUUCUUGGUGGAGUUGAUGAAGAGGGAAGGAGGAGGAGGAGGAGAUAGAAAAUCUGAAUUUUGAAAUUUUUUUUUUCAUUUUGUUUUUGUAAACUCAUCUUGUUCUUGUAAUUAGGUUGAUAAGUUGGUUUUACUCUGUAAUAGUGUUGGUUUUAUUACUACAGUAGCGGACAGUAGAUCAACACAAGUUGUCUAAAGAAAUUUGAAAUAAUAGAGUAGUGUGCUUCUGUUGAACACAUGGACUAAACUUUUAGUUACUCAA